GAGACCAAGGCCAGUGUGUCGUGCCGCUAAGCAACUACUGGCAAUUGUAGAUAAUCGACCGCUGAUCGACUUGUCUGAAGCGCAUUCAUCCCUCACUAAGUACCAUAAGGAGCUGCGAAGGGUACAGCAGUUGCGACGGAACUUUUUGCUGAUGAAAUGCUAUUUUGUUAGCUGCCGAAACGCCGCGAAACUACGCAUUCUGCAGUAUCUAAAUCGACAUCAGCACUACGUGGAAGGUGCGGAUAUGUACUCCCUAGCUGACCUGCGAGAACUUUGCCUUGGGAACUUGUUACGUGAUCUUGAAGAUAUACAUACGGUAUUUCGGAGGCAUAUCGAAGAGGAAUGCGAGAUAUGCGCAGGGAAUGGGUUUUAUUGUGAACUAUGUGAGGAUCAAGAGCAGAGAAAUCAGCUCCUUUUUCCGUUUUCGGAAAAUGUAGCAAUGUGCCCGAAGUGCUUGGCUGUUUUCCAUUCGAAAUGUUACGAGAAGCGCAGUUCUACAUGUACAAGAUGCGAAAGGAGGCGAAAACGUGCUGAUUCUGCGAGGGAAGAUUAG